AUGACGAUUGGAAUGAAGCCGAGUCUGAUUCCUAAGAAGAAUCGACGGAUGAUUUAUGAGUACCUCUUCAAAGAGGGCGUCCUGGUGGUGCAAAAGAACCCCAAGUUGGAGCGCCAUCCGGACAUUCCCGUGCCGAAUCUGCACGUGAUGAUGGCUAUGAAAACGCUCAAGUCUAAGGACUUCUGCGAUGAGAUAUUCAACUGGCAGCACAACUACUACACUCUUAAGAACGAAGGAAUGGAAUACCUUAGAGAUUACCUCCGCCUCCCUGUCACCGUCUUCCCUGCCACUCUGACAAAGAAGACGACGACACGCGCUCAGCGCCCCGACACAGAGGUCGAGGGUGGUGGCGAUCCCGAGAACUGGAGAGGGGGAAUGGGCAGACCCAGACGCCCAAUGGGCGAUCGUGCAGGGGAGGCAAGAGUUGGGGGUGAGAGAUCCGAAAGGCCUCGUUAUGCUUAA